GCAACUCCCGUCAUGCCCCGCGCCGCCCAUAGAGCCCCAUUGCGGCUCUCUUCUGUCGAACUACAACUCCCUUGAUGCCCCGCGGCGGUUUUGGCGCGCUUUCCGUCCCCCCGCACGAAAGGCCGCCAUGAUGGCGGCGGCUCUGGACAACUGGCUCCGCACCGAGAUGGAGCUGCAACCCCCCGCCGUCCCCCCCCCGGCCGUGCUCCGCAGACUCUGCUCCGGCCCCGGGGCCCCGGUUUGGGAAUUCAUCAUCCGCCACGUCAAGAACUCCAGGAACGUGAAGAAGAUUCGUGGGAACCUGCUCUGGUACCAACAGGAGCUCGAGGCCGCGGUUAGUCCUCCGAGCCGCCAGGAGGCGCUGCGCGAGGCGGUGUCGCGCAUGCGCGCCGAGGUGCGGCGCAUGGACCAGGCACUAGGGGGCGCUCAGGAGGUGGCGCUCCAGCUCGAGGAGUCACUGAGGGCAGGGCAGAGCCGCUUGUGGGCGGAGCAUCGCCGGGGGGCAGAGCUUCGCCUGCUGGGGGCGGAGCUGGCGCCGGAGGGGCUGCGGGGCCUCCAGGGGGCGCUGAGGGUGCCCCGGGACAGGCCCCACCGCACAAGGGCGGAGCUUUCGGCCGCCAUGGCAAUGGGGGCAGAGCCUGAGGUGCUGACCUCGAUUCGGAGCCUGUGCGUGAGCAGAGAGGAGGAGGAGUUCCUGGAGCCCCACCCACCAAACAGGGAUUCACAGGAGCUCCGCAAGGAUUGGCUGGAAAAGGCUGAGGCUGAGCUGGGCCGGCACCACCCCGAGGAGGUUCUGUGGGCAUUGGAGGCUCUGGCCAAUCACAACAUGAG